UUUUCUGAAUGUCUAUUUUGAAUAUUAAAAUAAAAAACAUAAAUGCAAGAAAAAAAUAAUUUUAUAAAUAAUAAUGAAGAUCUUCAACAAAAUCAAGAUUUAUUCGAGGAUGUACCAUUAUAUUUAUAUUCCUUACCAGAGCGAUGGCCUCCAUUAGGUGGUAAUUCACCUCCUAUGAAUGAAAGAGAGAAUUUUAAAACUAUCGCUUUCGCAGAAGAAGAAAAACAUAGUAAUAUUUCUGGGAAAUAUUUACCCUCUAAAUCCUUAGACAUUUUAAAUCUCAAAAAACUUGAAAAAGAGCAUGAAAAAUUAAAUAAUUCCCUAUUAUCACUUACUACCCAUUUUGCCCAAGUUCAAUUUAGGCUAAAACAAAUUUUGCAAGCAAGUCCAAAUGACAGAGAUGGAUUGCUUAAGGAUUUGGAAGAAUUUGCUUUUAAAGGUUGCAUUGAUUUUUCUUCAUUCAAGGAUACGCUCGGUCAUUAUUCGUCUCAUGAAUCGUUGCUUAGCAAAGAAGUCGUCAAGGAAGAUCUUAACAUCAAGAUUACUACUAAUCGUCAUCAACCUUUAUCCGAUAUAGAUCUUAAAGAGAAAGAGAUAUCUAAAUACAAAAUAUUACACCAAAAGGAGAAACAAAAACACCUGAUUAUACAACUUAAGUCUCAAUUGCAGGAACUCGAAAAUUACGCUUACGAAUCCGGUACCAUUUCUGAAUUACCGCAAAACGUUUUGGUGGAAAAACAAAAAUUAUUACUACAAGAACUGAACAAAAAAAUGAACCUGAGGUAUGAAAACAUAGGCAAAAUGUCCGUUACUGAUUUGAAACAAACUGUGGAUACAGCAAUCAAUGAUCUCGUAAAUCCGGUCGAAAUAAAAGAAAGAUUGGUAAUCCAACUUAAGACCCAGAUUAUAGAUUUGGAAAGGUUCGUGGACUAUUUGCAAACAUCGGAAUCGCCAAAUAAUUUAGACCAAGUAAACAGCAUCUGUACCUGUGUUUGUCCCAAACAUCAUUCUCAAGAUAACUCUUGUCAAUUUCACGAUUCCGCGUACAAUUACUGCGGAAGUAACGGACCAGGUUUUCAAAACAACCACAAUCAUCAUCACCCUUCAUCCCUAUUAUCAAAAGCUAUAAAUAUGCUAGGCCUGUUUUUGCUCUCCUUCAUCGAUUGCAACGAUCAUAAUAAUAAUACAUUUAAUCACCAUUUUCGAUUCGCCGGUUCUCCCAAUAAUAACCCACCAUAUUUCGACUCCGAAAAAUUCAGCGCUGGUGGAAAUAGCCUUAUGAUGGUAAUGAUACCCUCUUUGGGUAGGUCUAUGCCACAGGGGAUUCAUUGGGGUAAUAUAAGAGCCGAUUUGGAGAUGUCUUUACAAACGCUGAUUAAUUUAUGUUUACGUAAACGCAAAAAUCUUCUGACUCAAUCUUAUUAUGAUGGCACUAAUGUGGCGUGUAAAAUCGAUUCGGACAGCGAUUACACUACUAACGACGAGGAUGAUUUGGAAGAAGACGAUACCGAUAAUGAAAGUUUUAAUUUAUUGUGGGACGAACAUGUGCUCCACUGUGUUAGGAAAGAUUUCGCACCUCGUUUACUCGAACUUUUGCAUCAUGGUUACAUCAAUCACAAUAAGAGAAGUUCAUCUUCCAUCAUAACCUCUUACCUUCCUUGCUUUGCCAUCAAUUCGAAUUCAAGCCACAAUUCUGAGGAUGGUAAACAUCAGCGAUCCUCCUUCUUCAAUUUUGGUAAAGAAGAACCCCACUUUUGGGAUGCCAUUUUAAACUAUUACGAAAUAAAGGGGGGACCUCAGUUCAAUCAAUCGGCUCCCAGAAAAUUAUCCAGAAGUUUCGAUUUAGAUAUAGUCGGGCAUACACGCAUAACUCCUAAAUCAAAACUUUUAUCCGCUAUUAACGAUAUCAUUUUGGCUCAUCAACAUUUGAAAAGAAGCAAGGAUGCUCAUUAUAAGGCUUUCAUAAGCCAUGCCUUAAAUCAAAAGCUCUUGGUUCCAUGGUUAAGGUUAAUUUUGAGAUCCAGGUAUAUAGUGGAUAAUUUUUAUCAAUCUUGGAGCUAUCUGGCUAAAACAGGCUUUUUAGAUACCUUUCAAUCGUUAGAAAAGCUGAAUGACAUAGAGUUCCAUUUACCUGUUGACUUAGCCAUAUUUCAUCUGAAGCAUAUGAAAGAUGCCUUUUAAUUACUAUCAAGAAUACUUUAAACUUAAUUAUCCUAUCACGUGGCAAUGUUUAUUAUUACCUCAUUGUAAUCAACCAAAUAUUUAUAACAUUCCUACUUUAGUGACAUCAUAUUUUACUAUACAUUCUACUUAUGUGCAAUAUGACUAAAACAACCAAAUCCUUUAUUAAUAUAUU